AUGGGGCAAUAUCAAGACCAAGAAGUCAGUAGACAAAUUGGUCUGGCAGUAGAAGCCAUGAACUUGAUUAACAAGAGCAUUUGGAGCUGUCAGUACCCAUGCAGAAGGAUCAAGCUACAUGUCUUCAAGGAUCGCCAAAUCAGGCUAUAUGGAUACCUAGCUCGUUUCCCUGUGGAUGACCCUGCCUAUCAGGCCGUCUGGGACGCCCUAAGAGGUCAAGGCUUGGGCAGCUCGACCAGACCUGUCGCGAGGAAAUCUCCACCCCUUAUUGAUGAAGUUAAAGAAGCAAUCAAAGAUCUUAAAAACGACAAGAGUCCUGGAGCAGAUGAAAUCACCGCUGAAUUAAUCAAGAAUGGAGGCCCGAACAUCGAAGCUUUCUACCACAAACUCUGCUGCAAAGUCUGGAAUGACCAGAAGUGGCCUGCUGAUUGGUUGAAAUCCGUUUUUGUCCCAAUUCCGAAGAAAGGAAACACGUUGCAGUGCACUAACAAUAGGACCAUCGCGCUCAUAAGCCACAGCAGCAAAAUCCUUCUGAAAAUCAUCGCAAAAAGAAUGCAUUGGAAAAUGAAAGCUGAGAUUGCUGAAGAACAAGCAGGAUUCAGAGCUGGGAGAGGCACAAGAAACCAAAUUCUGAAUCUAAAAAUGGGCAUCGAAAAGAACCAUGAACAUAACAAAGAUCUGUUCCUCUGCUUUGUCGACUACACCAAAGCUUUUGACACUGUCGCACACGACAUCCUUUGGAAAAACAUGCAAGACAUGGGCUUCCCAGAACACAUCAUCCUCCUACUGAAAUCGAUGUACGGCGAUCAAAAAGCAGCUGUGAGAACCACCUACGGCUUAACGGAUUGGAUCAUUGCUGGAAGUAUGGAAGAACUUCAAGAUCUAGUAGACAGAGUUCGUCUUGAAAGUGAAAAAUCAGGACUUUUUCUCAAUGCAAAGAAGACAAAAGUUAUGAAGAUCAGAAAGAAGCCCGAUGACAACGACGAAACGACCAUCAAAAUCAACAACGAGCCGAUAGAGAACGUCAAACAAUUUACUUAUCUGGGAGUAGUCUUCACAGACAAUUACGAUGACAUGUUCUCAAUUGCCACCUACGGAGCUGAGUGCUGGUCGCUCAAGCAGUCUGACAGAAAUAGAAUUGACAGCUUCGAGCUCUGGUGUUACCGACGUCUGCUUCGUAUCAGCUGGACAGAGAAGAAAACCAACGAAGAAGUGCUCCAACAAAUCAACUGUGAACAUCGACUGAUUGACAUCAUCAAUGCAAGAAAGCUCAAAUUCAUCGGACACAUCCUACGCAGCGACAACCUCGACAAUGUGCUCCUGAUCGUCAUGGUCUUCGGCCCCAGAGGGCGAGGACGUCCUAAAACGCGGUUCUGGGACGACAUUCGCCAGCUAACCGGUAUGGGCAUCAGAGAAGCAGUUCGACUGGCACAGGACCGGGACGGCUGGAGACUGAUGGUGCAGAGGGCCACGGCUGGUCGUAAUCGACCAAACUGUUGA